UGAAGCAUCAAGUCGACUCAGAGUGAAUUGGUUUGGGUAGACUGUGGUUUAAUUCCAGUGCAUGGAAAUACAGUUGGGUCCGGGCCUCUAUAGGACGCACAGUGAAUUUGAGAAUGAAGGUGAAUGUUCUGACAUUCAAACACAAAUGGUGGAUGGUGGAAAGUAAUUGUACUUAAACUUUUAUCGAAGGCUGGGAAUUAUAAUGAAGCUUUAAAGUGAUUUUUAAAAAUUCACCAACCAUACCCAUUUAAAGAAAAAUAUGUUGAGAUCUUUGACUCAUCCUAAUCACAGACUGCACCCACCUUUUGGCCGCUGCACCACUGCUAACAAAUCUUAGUUAUUUUUGUUUCGCUGAAGUCUCUGAGAGCGUGUUUGGAAAUUUCAAAUGCCUUGUGCUAUUUGUGGGAUUGACCCUCCUUUCUGCCUCCUCCUUCUCCUCCUCCUCCUCCGGUGUGUGCUUCCUCUAUGGUCCUCUAGUCACCUGACCAAACGCCAUGCAAAUCAUUCUGCUGCUAGAGCCUCAUUGGCCGCUUGUGGCUCAUUUAACCGCUGUCAGUGCGCAUCAUAUGGCCGCCGCUUUAACCAACUUCUCAACUCCGACAGGGAAAGUGGCUCAAAUGCGCAUUCUAUCACAGUGGAUGUGAACCAACCCAGGCGAAGACAAGGUGAAAUACUGGUUGGAGAACAUUUUACAUCCCCUUUCGGAUUAAUUUUUAUCUCGCAUUUGAUUCAUUUGGGGUUAGAAUAUUAAUUUUGUAACCCAGUCAUCCUGUGCGCACCCGAUCUUGUGCGCGCCUGACCUGAUCUUGAAAAAGACUUUUUCUCUGUUGGUGGCGAAGUUUAAAACCAGGUGAAUGUAUAGCAUGAUGAUGGAAACUGACCUCCAUUCCCCCGGCCCCCAAACGAACACGACCACGGGGCAAACGGGGCCGAACAGCGGGUCCAAAGCGAAUCAGGAGCGGGUGAAGAGACCGAUGAACGCGUUCAUGGUGUGGUCCCGUGGGCAGCGGAGAAAGAUGGCACAGGAGAACCCCAAAAUGCACAACUCUGAGAUCAGCAAACGGCUGGGUGCCGAGUGGAAGGUGAUGUCCGAGGCUGAGAAGCGCCCUUUCAUCGACGAGGCGAAACGGUUGCGAGCCAUGCACAUGAAGGAGCAUCCGGAUUACAAGUACCGGCCAAGACGGAAGACCAAGACGCUGCUGAAAAAGGACAAAUAUUCCCUUGCCGGUGGACUGCUUUCUGGGCCCAGUGGAGGCGGUGGAGUGGGUUUAGGGGUCGGAAUGGGUUCAUCCGGGGUCGGCCAGAGGUUAGAGAGCCCCGGGGGUCACGGAGGCUCCGCCAGCUCCGGCUACGCGCACAUGAACGGCUGGGCCAACGGUGCGUACUCGGGGCAGGUGGCUGCAGCCGCGGCGGCAGCAGCGAUGAUGCAGGAGGCUCAGCUAGCCUACAGCCAGCACCCAGGGAGCGGAGCGCACCACCACCACCACUCACACCACCAUCACUCACACAACCCCCAGCCAAUGCACCGCUACGACAUGACAGCCCUGCAGUACAGCCCCAUCUCAAACUCUCAGAGCUACAUGAACGCUUCUCCAUCCGGCUACGGCGGAAUCACCUACACACAGCACCAGGGCUCCGGCGUCUCCUCUUCAGCUGCCAUGGGGACGUUAGGGUCGCUGGUGAAGUCGGAGCCGAGUAUUUCUCCGUUGUUGGAAUAGCAUCUGCACUGGAACUUUUUGACAAGAGCAAAGUGUCCACCAUGGCUAUCACCAGUGGACAUGGAUCACUGAGGGGGCCUGUGAUUAACAGAUAGCACCACGUCUCCUCUGCUGGCAGGCCAUCAUUACAACGAGCACUAGAAGAUAGGUUCUGUGGGCGAAAAGACCUUUUGGAAAAUGUCAGCCACGGUCAAAGCCCCAAAUUUCCUCCAUUCACUCUUCCCCAUGUGAUGCUACCUACUCUAAUACCUUAAUCACACAACCCUUUUCUCCUAUUGCCUAAUGUUUUGUAUCUUAAGUGCAGUGUGAGAUUGUGGAGUGAGCAUGUGGAGAUUUUAUUUUAUCUGAUGUGGCUUACCUGAAGAUUGGACAUAUUAUUUAAAAAAAGAAAACAACCCCAGCCCCAUAUUUCACCCAGCUCAGCAAACAAAAAACAUUGCUGCGAUGUCUGCAACAGCUCCCCUUUCCCACUCCCUUUCACUGGAGCCAGCUUCACUGUCUUAAUACUCUUAGUCCCUCAGUUGGCAUGUUUUCCAAGAACCCACUGCAUUUUCAGAUUUGUAAAAUCCGUCAAAAUGCCUGUAAUGAAUAUUUCUACAGCCCUGAGUGUAUUUAAUAUGCUGUUUGACCAGCCCAAUAAGAAACGUGUACUGAUCUGGCACUAGUACCAGUGCGUCAGUAGAAGGUUUAUUGUCCGGAAACUGUCUGGACUGUCUUUUAUCAGGAGAAGCAGAAAGGAAAUAAACAUUCAUUAUUCAGAUAAUCUCUUAGGUUAUAAUUAACAUAUUUUCUGUGCAUGAAUCUACGUAUAUAUUUUGAAUUUUCAAAAAAAAAGGUACUACCAUUAGUACAGUCGUCUUCAUGAAUAAACUGUCAUCUUGCGAGAGGUCUUUGUUGUGUACUCAACACUUAAAUUGUACAGUCUGUUUUACUGUUGUUUUAGCUUUGCUGAAAAAAAAAGAGAAUACAUAUUAAAUAAACUCUUGCAUCUUAUUACUGCCUAAGAAUGAAAUAUUGAGCUUUCCGUCAUUUUUUUUUUUCACAUUCAAUUUGGGAGGUAAAUUAAUACUUCAAAGUGAGAACUAUGGAAAAGUUUUAACAUUUAAACUAUGUAUUAAUUUCAAGGCCUAAAUGUGCCCUCAAUUAUUUUACCAUUGCCCCUAAGUAAUUGAUUUUAGGUAGAGAAAGAGAGAGGUGGGGGGGUGAUCUGUGUUGAUGUAUGAAAACCGCAAAGCCAACAAAUGAAAAAUAACUAACAGCAUAAUUGCUAUGAGCGUAACCUUGCUUUAUUGAUUUUUUUUCCAUCAAGGCAUUUGGCUAACAUCAAAGUUAGACCCAUAAUAAAACAAGUUGUUUCACA